AUGGGUCGAAGGUUCUCUCAAAGGGAUCUUGUCCAGAGGGACGCCACUCCUAUCAAUUGUAGCAUCCCAGCCAUGCCUCUUUGCCUCCGCUAUGGGGGAGGGGGAUCGUACCAAGGUUGUGCCCAGACUAUUCUAGUGCCAUUCCUACCUCUUCUUGGAGAAGGAUCCACUGUGCCGUGUUUCUACUAUGGUGAAGGAUGUGAUGGUUCUGUUCUCAUAAACUCCACCAAGAACAACCAAGCCGAGAAAGAUGCAGCCCCCAACACAAGUUUAAGAGGGUUUCAAGUGAUUGAUGCUGCCAAAACUGCAGUAGAAAAAAAGUGCCCUGGAGUUGUUUCUUGUGCUGACAUCGUCGCCUUGGUGGCUCGAGAUGCAGUUUCAAUGAUCAAAGGACCAUCAUGGUCAGUGCCCACGGGACGAAGGGACGGAAGAGUGUCAACUGCCCAAAAUGCCUUGAAUAACAUACCAUCUCCAUUUUCCAAUAUAACUCAACUAAAAGCAUCUUUUGCCUCAAAGGGUUUGAGUGUAAAAGACCUUGCAGUCCUAUCUGGAGCCCAUACCAUAGGGAUCUCCCACUGCUUUCCCGCUGUCACGAUCCGAUUGUACAACUUCACUGGCAAAGGUGACACUGACCCAACAAUUGAUCCAAACUAUGCAGCUGUGUUGAAAAAAAUAUGUAAACCGGGCGAUUUGACUAUGCUGGUUGAGAUGGAUCCUGGAAGCCGCAAAACAUUUGACACUCAUUAUUACAGUAUAGUAAGUAAAAGAAGAGGACUGUUUCAAUCUGAUGGAGCUCUUCUCUCAGACAGUGAAACAAAAGCUUAUGUUCUGAGUCAGAUUUCAAGUGGAUCCACUUUUCUGAAUGACUUUGGACCUGCCAUGGUGAAGAUGGGUCAGAUUGGGGUUCUCACUGGCAAGUCCGGUGAAAUCAGGAAACGAUGUGCAUUCAUCAACUAA